AUGAUGAAAACAGCCAAAUUCCUAACACCCACAGCCCAUUUCAAGGAGUUCUCUUUGACAAUGAAGCCCAUACCCAAAUCCAAAAUAAAAUCCACAAAGCCCACUAUGACCCAGGCUCUGGCAACAGAAAGUUGUGAAAAACAUAUUAACUACAGUUCUUGUAUUGGUUGCAAAAAUGCCACAUGCCAUAGGACAAUUUUUAAUUCAGUGAUUCCCACCACUUUUAUGCGAAAAUCAACUCUUGAUUUUGAUGCAACUAGAUUCAUUGGAGGAAUUGUUCUCAUGCUAAGUGAGCAAGCUGUAGUUUUCUCUAUAUAUAUUUGCAAGUCCAAUGAACAAAAUUAUCAUAUACUUCGAAGACAACAUUAUGGGGGCAACUAG